GUAUUUCGCGACGCGACGUGCUACUGUGCGACUACCCGUCGUACUCCCGUGUUUUUUUCUAUUUUUCGCGCCUCCGCGUCGUGACCGUCCGCGUUUCGCACGCGUCGAUGCCCGCCGCCCGCGUCCGACCGGUGACGGCGCGUCCGCGUGCCACCUGCCGAUUGUGAAAAUCCCGAAAACCUAGGCAUACACUCGCCCUCCCCACGCGCUCCACGCACGCACGCACGCACGCACGCGCGCGAGCACGCAAUUUUAUACAUACACAUACGCGCGUGUAAGACACACACGGUGGUGUACGGUGUGCCCGUGGCCGCUGGUGUUCGACAGGAGUGGAGGCAUGGAGUGUGUUCAGUGCGCCCGUUUCAAAUCGUCACGGGCCGUUACCUCAGCCCCGCACGCAGCAAGGUCGCAGCGCGAGCUCGGGACCGAUGUCACGAUCGACGAUGACCGUAGGAGCGUGUGAGGUCGUAACGAGAUGGCGAGGAUGAGCGAUCCCAGCUCCCCGAGCGUCGGUAUCGAGUCGAUCCCUCGCAGGAAGAACGCGAUAACCCGAGGAGGGAAGAAGCAUAAGCGCGGGCCGCCAGAUGUAUUGAGCCUCCUUCGGCAGGAAGCAGAAGAAGUCGGCGGGCAGAAGGAAGGGACGUCGUUGUAAGAUCGAGGAGCGGCAACGGCGAAUCACGAAGGACGAUGGACGAGAUACGCGGCUCGUCGUCGGCUCGCCGCCUCUCGCAGAUUCUCGACCCGAUCACACGGCUCGCCAGCGACUUCGGCUCGAACUCGGCGCCGUGCAGCCCGCGGCUGGGCGCGCGCGUGCAAGACGCGAGCGGCGGACCCGCCGCCGCCGCCGCCACUGCCGCUGCCGCUGCCGCCGGUCAGUCGGGCCCAACCGCCGCAGCUACGGCCAUCGGUGUUCCAUCUUCCUCUCGAGCGGGUCCGAGCGGCGCCGGGACCGCCGGCGGUUCCAGCUCCAGCGGGCCCGACAGCCCGCGAUUGUGGCCACGACAGUUCCGGCAGGCCCCGACGCCACCGCCACGGCCUAGGCACGCCGGCAUUACCGUCACCACCGCCGUCAACACCGCCAGCAGUGUCUCCACCAGCAGUGUCUCCGCGAACGUCAAUAAUAAUAACAACAACAACAAUGUGGACGCCGACGGCGGCGCGCCACCGCCGGUGGUGCACGCGAGGGACUCGCCCUACGUCAACGUGCCGAAUCUGUUCUUCCACAAGGAUAAGAGCUUCGCCGAGAGUGCCAGGAGCGCCGGCUACAUCGAGCUUCGCGAGAAGCCCAAGUGCAGCCCGUAUGACUUUACGUCCGAAUCGAGCGGUCACGUGGAAUAUGCGGAUAAGAGAACGUUCGUCACACCGGUUCAGUCCGAUCUGGCCUAUGACAUCGGAAAAGAGCCUCUCUGUAGGGGAAGGUCGAAUUACGACCCGGGCCCCUCCAGUGGUAGGGGUCACUUCGACAGAGCGUUCUCGUUCUCCGGCAGGCAACCGGAACAAUUAGCCCCGCGGAUAUACGAAUCGGGCAGAUUGUUCGUCGAUCCGAGGACCACCGGUGGCAACGUCGACAUGAAGAGGGAGAAAUUGGACGUCCGGCCCACUUACGGCACCUCCAAGAGUUUCGACGGAUAUACAACGACAGUGGAGGAGCUCAAUUGGCAGGAGAGGUGUCUAGAGCUGCAGCUGGAGCUGCACAGAAGCAGGAGUCAGGCGACCAGAGUGAGAGAUAUGCUCCGAGAAAAGCUCUCGGAGCUCGAGCAGCGGGUAUUAGAGGCGGAGGGCAGGGCGGAUGAAGCUGAAGACAAGGUACGGAUGAUGGAGGAGCGGCUAGUGAAGGGUGAGUACUGCCUCAGCACAUCCGGCGUUGGUUCUCCGCCGCAUUCGCUGCCGUCGACCUCCGGCACGCAGAAUGACAAGAUCGAGGAGGUUCAUUGUGCCUGCAUCUCGAAGUUAGAAACUCAAGUCGAGGAACAGAGGCAAUUACGGUUGCAAGACGCCAGGCAAGUGGAAGCGAAAGCAGCGCGGAUAAAGGAAUGGGUUACUAAUAAGUUGAGGGAACUGGAACAACAGAAUCAACAUCUGAGAGAACAAAACAACAAGUGUAACCAGCAACUCGAAUUGUUGCGCAAUCAUAUAACCAAUAUCGGACUCAAACCUCCCGCACCGACGAGGGCAUCUUUAUCCCUGGAAGUAGAUCCCACUCUACGUAUCGAUCGCAGACGAUCGGAGAGUUUGGAGGGUACUCCGCAGACGGCACCGGAGUGCGUGCAGAAUAUCGUGGCGGAACCGCAAACGAGCACAAAGCACCGGAGACAUUUGUCCGCUUGCGGCACUAUCCAACGUGGAAUCGCGACCACCAAUAUGGAUUCAAGUUUACUAUCCGAGGAACUAGCCGCGGCGGUGGAGAAUCUGGUGAUGCUGCCAAAUAUAUCCGGUGUCUCGGAGGCGAGCAGAGACAGCGGAAGCUCGGAAGCGGUGCACGAUUAUGCCGAGAUAUAUACACCCAGUCGGGAGGGUAUGAACUGGUUGCAGGGAAGCGGACAAGGACCUCGCCCGCCAACCCCGCCGUUGCACAGGUUUCCCAGCUGGGAGGCGAAAAUAUAUCAGGUAGCAGACGGUGGGCUUGGUAUUGGUCCACCGACAAACGAGGAAUCUGCACCUUCCACGAUGACUACAACGACGAGUUCGUCAAAACAUUCUCAAGCUACGGGACAUAACUUGACAGCACACAAUUCUCAAGGAUACUGCGAUAUUUCUGUUCCAGUAUACGCCACUGUUAAAGGACGUGCUAGUCAAAUUAGAUCUAUACCUUUCGGUGAUAGUUCUGAUGACAGUUCGGAUGGCGAGGAACAUCCGAAUCAAACCGAAACUAAUACUAGAAUUACUAAUAGCUCGUCUGACAAUACGGAUUCCUCGCUUGGUAGCGGAAGCAGUCCCUCAAAAAGUAUCAAAACAACUAGUAGUCUCAGUCCCGCGAAAAGAAGCUCUAGCGGGUCUCCUAGUAAAAGCGUAAAACGUGAUACAUCUCUUGAGUCAGGAUUAUCCGAGGAUUAUGCAAUACCUCCUGAUGCACUAAGUUCAACAUCUCUAGAAUCUAGCAUGCCUAGUCUACUAAUGCGUGUUUCUGGCGAAAGUCCAAAGAGACAAGAAUCGCUGGAAAAAACGGGUCAUCUAGCGAAAUUAGGCGGCAAGUUAAAAACUUGGCGGAAACGAUGGUUUGUGCUGAAAAAUGGUGUAUUAACAUAUUGGAAGAGUCAAAACGAUGUCAACCGGAAACCUCAAGGCCAAAUAAUCUUGGAUGAAGUAUGUAUUUAACAGUAGCUUGAAGGAGCUGCCACUUUUGAAAUAGCGACAGAAAAAACUUAUUACUUGACCGCGGAUUGCAUUGCCACAAUGGAAGAUUGGAUAAGAGUACUGCAAAACGUGCAGAGGAGAAACGCGACAAAACUCUUGCUCAGUAGGGAAGAUAAUAAGCCGACGAUACAGGGUUGGUUGACAAAAGUGAAGAACGGCCACGCAAAAAAAUGUUGGUGCGUGCUUAUCGGCAAGAUGUUCCUUUACUUUAAGUGUCCCAGUGAUACGAAUCCUAUCGGCCAAAUCAAUAUGAGAGAUGCUCGAGUGGAAGAAGUGGAACAUGUUUCGGAUAGUGAUAGCGAAGAGAGAGAUGCUGAAUGCCCACACGAGAGAACAAUUGGCAUCUUUCCGACGCAUCAAGGUCCAACUUAUUUAUUGAUGCCGCAUAAACAGGAUAAAGACAAUUGGCUCUACCAUCUGACAGUAGUAUCGGGCGGUGGACCAAGUGCGGGUACGCAGUACGAGCAACUGGUGCAAAGACUGAUGGAAACUGACGGUGAUCCCAGCUGUGUGCUAUGGCGGCAUCCCUUGCUGCUACACACGAAAGAAAGCAUUACGAGCCCGCUGACAAGCUUGACUUCUGAAUCUCUGCAAACCGAAGCCAUAAAACUCUUCAAGGCCUGUCAGCUGUUUAUGUCGGUGGCAGUAGAACAAGCAGGUAUCGACUACCAUGUGGUUCUAGCACAAAAUGCAUUACAACAAUGCUUAGACCAACCUGAACUUCAGUCUGAAUUUAUAUGCGCAUUGGUAAAGCAGACAAGUCGUCACACGCAACACCGUUUGGGCGUACAGCAGCUCCUCCUCUGCGCCACGCAAUCGCUCUUCACCUGCGAUACGCAAAGUCCCGCGGCAAAUGGCAGCGGUGAAAAUGCGGACGCGCAAUCAACGGCCUCGACUUCUCACAGUCCUCCGCUCACGCAGGGCCAUUCGACCUCAACUAUCUUGGACUGCAAAACUAAUCCCGCACAGUAUGUGCUUAUCCAGGGAUGGCAGCUCCUGGCGCUCGCCGUUUCCCUCUUCUUGCCCAAGAACAAUCGGCUACUAUGGUACCUGAAACUGCACCUGCAGAGAAACGCUGACAGCAAAACGGAAUGCGGCAAGUAUGCGGCUUAUUGUGAGAGAGCUUUGGAGAGAACAUUACAAAAUGGUAGUAGAGAAGUGAAGCCAUCGAGGAUGGAAGUAUUGUCGAUAUUAAUGAAGAAUCCGUAUCACCAUUCGUUGCCGCAUGCUAUACCAGUCCACUUCCUGAAUGGCACGUAUCAAGUCGUAAGUUUUGAUGGUAGUACUACGAUAGAGGAAUUUCUGAACACCCUGAAUCAAGAGAUCGGCUGCAGGGAUGUUCAUCAAUCUGGCUUCACGCUGUUUAGCGAUGACCCGAUCGAAAAGGAUCUCGAGCAUUUUAUCGAUCCAGAAGCGAAGCUAUGUGAUAUUAUCUCGAAAUGGGAGACGGCAUUACGAGAGAAAGGCUCGGGAAAAUUCGAAAAUACUAGAGUGAUACAAUUGACGUACAAAUCCCGUUGCUACUGGCGGCAAGCUGCUAAAAUGGAAACGGACAAAGAGAGGCUUCUGUUAUGUUACCAAGUGAAUCAGCAAGUUGUGCAAGGAAAAUUUCCUUCAACCCGCGAACUCGCUUUCGAACUAGCGUCAUUGAUGGCACAGAUUGAUUUUGGAGAAUAUAACAAUGAUAAAGCACGUGGCAGCGGUCCUGGAAAUAAUCCACACCAUCUUGUACUCCAAGCUUUGGACAAAUUUUAUCCAAUACGCUAUCGAACUAAUAUUACCACCGAUCAAUUGAGAGAAUUACAGGAGAAGCUGCAGGAAAAGUGGAUCGCUUUGAAAGGACGUAGCAUAUUGGAUUGCGUUCGCAUAUAUCUCACAUGCACUAGAAAGUGGGCUUUUUUCGGAGCUACCCUGUACCAAGCAAAAUUAAAGCAAGCCGAUCCCGUGACAGUUUGGAUAGCAGUUUCUGAGGACAGUGUAACGUUGCUCGAAUUGCAAACGAUGGCUGUUAUGUGCCGUUAUAAUUAUGCGAAUAUAGUAACGUUCGGUGGAUGUCUCGAUGAUUUUAUGCUCGUUGCUUGUCCAGAUGAAGGUGCAGCUGAACAGAAAUUGUUGUUUGCGCUUUCUAAACCCAAAAUUUUGGAAAUAACUUUAUUGAUUGCCGACUAUAUGAAUGCGCUGGGCCAUGCAUUACCUGGUACUCCACAAAUGAAUACUCUAACACGCAAUGGAUCACAUCGGUCCAUCAAAUCCACUUUGAGACCUGCGACUGGUUCAAGCUGUCUUCCAACUCAACCUGAUAUAUUGAAGUCGACGCCGGAUCACCAAAGACCUUAAUGAAAAAACCUGGUCAUAUUAAUUUUUGAAAAGACAAUGGGAAUAUAUCGAUACAUGUGGAGAUCUAAUUGCGAUGCAUACUUUUUUUUGUCGGUUGUAUUAUAUAUAAAGGCAGCGUAAAAAGUGCAGUAUUACUAUCAUACAUUGACGUGCGGUGCAUCAUUUUUUUUUUUCUACAAAACGCGCAGUCAAGUUUGAAUCAUGUUUACGUUUAUAUCAUAUGUGCAUGUAUAAAUAGUAUCGAUGCUUGUAAGAAUAUGUCUGUGUAAAUAUUUAACAAUAAGUAAAAGCUAACUACGAAGGCUGGAGGUUUAGAUAGCAGUUGAAAUCGAAUCGAAUCGAUCUGUAACACUGCCUAAUUAGUAUGCGCGAUUACACAUCGAAUAGUUUCAUCCCGCAGCUAAGUAUCACAUGUUGAGACUUUUGCUACGUAUUUAUAUAUCAAAUUAAAAACAUAAAAAUGAUAAAAAGACGUAAAAUAUUGCGUAAUAGUGAUGCAUUCAUACCGUAUCGUGUAUAUAUUAUAUAUCAGUUAUUCAAUGUUUAGGAAUAUAUCUCACAGCGAUGCGUUCUUCCCCAAUUUUAACGAACGGAAUACCUCUAAUAUAUCCUAUAUGAAUGUUAUCGCUAUGUCAUAUUAUCAAUCUUUUCUAAUUUUAUCUAACAAUUUUGUUGUAUGUCUACUUUUACUAGACAAAUCAUCAAUUUUACUUAUAUACAUUUAUUUUAUAAAAAUAAAUUUAUUUUUGUUACGGA